UCUCCAAGCGAACGCAUCUCUGAAAUGAAUCUAAGGUGGAUCUUGUUCCUGGGUUUCUAUACUCUAACCUGGAUUGGUGUUUGCUCUUCUGAAAGCCAUCUGAAAAGGUUCAGCAGAUCGCUAAUUUUUCCACCCACGAGUCCCACGCGUGUCCAGUUCAUCGGCGGCAUUGGUAUUCCUGUGGAGAAUCUGCACUUUGAGUCGGUCACCUCGGGAUAUGUCCUGAAAGCGGAAUACUUCCUGCCCACCAACUCCACGGAAAUCACCAGGGUCUACCUCAAACCUCAAGCAAUCACUGCUCGGACGGAGUCCACCUACGGUACACUCUACAGGUGGGUUAUUUACCGCGGCAUUGAGAUGAUCAUCCAGAACAUGGGCCUGCCCGGAAGGAGCUGCCUUCUCCGACUGAUCUGCGAACAUGCUGCCCUGCCACUGACGCAUGAAAGUGGCCUGUUGGGUGAACUGCUGGAUAUCGUUCUGUCGCCCUCCAAGUCGGUGGACGAACUGGGCCACAGUUCGGAUCGGGAGUACCACACAUCGGAGCAUUACGGCAAACGGGGAGGCGACUGUGAGGCGGCCUACGCCCAAAAGUGUCAAAAAUCGCCCAUGGAACUGUUUAGUUUGCUGAUGGAUGUCAAAGAAUAAAAACAACGGACAUUGAAUUUGAUAAUUGUGUCA